UGCCGAGGCGAAGGCCGGUCUGUGGACUCUGAUCGUCUGUGUGCUUUCACUGCCUCGCAUCACUGCCGGAUCCAUUAUCAGCGCAGCCGUCAGUAUCGAGUUGCUUGAUCUGGACGGAUCAGAACAGGUCCGGGCUCAUUACAGGCUGGUGUCCACUUUGCCCUGUCCAGCGCUGGAUGAAGUGUGCACUGAAGUGCACUGCCGGGAUCAGCUCCGCUCGUCUCCCUUGAGAGGGCUUUUCCCUUCUCCCGGCUGGUGCCUCCGUCAGUGGCAGAACACCAUCCCUCUAAACCACACCUCCACUCUUCAGCUCGGAUCCGAUGGAGCCGUGUCACUAUAUUCAAGAGCAGAUCUGUCCGUCCGACCGGACACUAACAGUGUUAACCAGCCUCCAUACGUGUCGCUGCCUCCUCCAGUCAGGAUAAGAGCUGGUUGUCCUCAGGAAAUCCCGGUAAAUGUGAUGGAUUUGGAUGGAGAUGAGAUUCGCUGUCAUUAUGAGAAGAAUGGCCUUGGUGAAUUUAUGCGCCUUAAUGAAGAGACGUGUACACUGUUGUAUGACGGCGGAGGGUAUUUGGGUCAGUAUUCAGUGCAGAUCGUGGUGGAGGAUUUCCCUGCGUCUGUGAAGAACCAGAUUCUCAACGAGGCAAAGCCUUUCUCCACUGUAUCUGUGCAUCUCUUAAUAACAGUUGAAAGCGGAGCCGACUGCUCCACUGUGCCGGAGUUCACAGGAGUGAGUCCAGCAGGGGGCGCUGUGAUCCACGUCCUGCCCUUUGGAGAAGUCCAGCUCAAUAUUACUGUGGACUCGAGUGUGUCUGAAAUCGCGGUGAUCGGCCCACCGGGCCUCUUCGUCUCCCCAAUGGAAACAGGCAGGGAUUCCCAGAGCUCCGUCGCCCUGUCCUGGGUCCGAGGUCCUAACCAGUUUGCUCAUCUGCUGUCCAUCUGUUUUGCUGCAAAUACUCAGAGCCUGCAGUCUCGCAUCAGGUGUAUAUGGCUGCAACAAACACGAACAGAUCCUUUGCCACCAGGAACAGAGUUGAAAUGUAAGGAGCGGGAGCUUCAGAUGUCUCUAGUGCUGCCCAUGUCCUUCCUGGAGAAGCUUCAUGUCUCGGACCUCCAGCUGAAUGAUCCGGCAUGCCCAGUGUUUUACAACACAACCCAUGUGACCACCACCUUCUCUCUGACGGGCUGUGGAACCAAGAGAAUGCAUUUAGGUUCAGAAUUGCUGUACACCAACACUUUACGCAGCAUCAAUCCUAACUCCACUAUAAGCCGUGUUGCCACUCUCAUUCUCCCACUCGCCUGCCGGAUUCCCGGACAACAAGCCAAAGCUCCAGCUGUUAAAAUCUCCAUACCGUCAGAAGUGGAGACGUUUGGUGCAGUGUCCUUCUGGAUUGAGUUCCACUUCCCCGGAGAGGGCCCUAUGGCCGCCGAGACGCGUGUGCCGCGCAUGCGCAGUUUGCCACCGGUGCGCGCGGCUCGAGAGCUACGGUCUACAGGCAGGAUGGACACGCUGGACCUGCAUGUGUUUUCCAACUGCUCACUGGCCCAAGCGGAGCUCAUGGUGGGCCGCUGUGUUGAGUCAGACACACAAGACUUUGUAAACUCACGGCCUCUGCUGAACCACGGCUGUGCACCUGGAAAUGGGACCUUUGAGAUCUUGACGUCAACUUCGACUGUUCGGAUUUACCGCUUAUAUCUCAGUUCUCUGGGUAUAAUGGGAGACACUAUGUUUGUUGAGUGUCUAGUGCACCUUUGUGUUUCCACCAAACAAACCCAGAGAUGUCCUGAUCCAUGUGCGGAAACGACAGACAAGACUCUAAUAAACAGCAUUCUGACCCACAACUACACUAUCCGUUCAGGGCCUGUUAGACUCAUAAAAACCACAGAAACCAGCACUACAACUGCUAACCCAACCCUAACUGUUGUCCCAGUUGCUCAGCCCUCCACUAGCCAGGUCGCAGCAACCUCUACUUCUCACGCUCUGGAUAGAGGUGCAUUCUGGGUAGUUGCUGUGUCAUUGGCUGUGCUGCUGCUUCAGUUCAUCACUGACUAAUCUAAAUCAUCCUAUUUUAUCUUUUUUUAAUCACCACUACAAAGUUUCUUUAUAUACCCUCUAGUCAUGGAAAAAGCACAUUGUAGGACAACGUACUUCAUACUUUUACAGUCAUUCACAAAUUUAGAGAUUGCAUCAAGAAACACAUCAACACCUCUUCAAAUCAUUUCAUUUUAAACAACUACAACAACAUUAUGUAAUUUCAUAAAAUGAUACCUUUUAUUAACAAUAAAGAAAUCAGUAGUUCAGUAAAGAAUGACAAUUCUGGCAUU